AUGGCCACGCCGUCGCCUCCCGCGCAGCGCCAGGGUCAGCAGCCCGGCGUGCAGCAAAAGAUGGAGCCGCAGCCGUCCGUCACUCGCAAGGCGUACAAGCCCGCCGAAAAACUCAAGGGUAAGAUCGCGCUGAUCACUGGAGGUGAUUCGGGCAUCGGGCGGAGCGUGGCACACCACUUCGCAUUGGAGGGAGCGGCGGUGGCGUUCACGUACGUGUCGCCGCGGGAGGACAAGGACGCCCAGGAGACCCUCCGCUUGCUGCGCGACGCCCAGCGCCCCGAGCACAAGCAGCCGCUCGCCAUCCCCGUGGACCUAGGGCACCACGACAACUGCAAGGAGGUGGUGCGGAAGGUGGCGGAGCACUUUGGGGGGAACAUAGACGUGCUGGUGAACAACGCAGCGGAGCAGCACACCCACAAGACCCUCGAGGAGAUCUCCCCUGAGGAGUGGGACCGCACCUUCAAGACCAACAUGCAUUCCUACUUCUACCUGUCAAAGUAUGCGUUGCCUCACAUGAAAGAAGGUAGCUGCAUCAUCAACACCACCUCUGUCAAUGCGUACAAGGGCAAUGCUUCCCUCCUGCCCUACUCCACCACCAAGUCUGCCAUUGUCGGUUUCACUCGCUCCCUCGCGCUCAUGGUGGUUGACAAGGGGAUUCGCGUGAAUGGUGUGGCGCCUGGGCCGGUGUGGACGCCACUCAUCCCGGCCUCGUUUGAGGAGGAGAAGGUGGAAGGGUUUGGCAAGCAGGUGCCCAUGAAGAGGGUGGCUCAGCCGGAUGAGAUUGCCCCAUCCUAUGUGUUCCUGGCAUGUGAUGAUUCCUCGUACUUCACAGGCCAAGUGCUCCACCCCAAUGGAGGGGUGGUUGUGAAUGCUUAG